AUGAGUGCCAGGAAACUACAACAGGAGUUUGAUAAAACCAAUAAGAAGAUAGCUGAAGGGUUGUCAGUAUUUGAUGAUAUUUAUCUUAAAUUAACCACCACUGAUAUUUCUCUGCAAAAGGAAAAACUUGAAAGUGAUUUAAAGAAAGAAAUCAAGAAAUUACAAAGACUGAGAGAGCAAUUGAAGACAUGGUUAGGUGAUACUAGUAUUAAGCUAGAUAAAAAUCUCUUACAAGAAAAUAGGACCAAGAUUGAACAUGCCAUGGAUCAAUUUAAAGAUUUGGAGAAAUCUCUGAAGAUAAAACAAUUCUCAAAUGAAGGAUUGGAAUUACAAAGUCAAAGAACUAGAUUCUCAAGAUUUGGAGAUGGAGAUGAUGCCAAAAGGAAUGAAUCAAUGCAAUAUAUUAGUGAUGUUAUUGAACAAUUAAAUCAACAGAAUGAAACUUUGGAAGAAGAAUUGGAAUCGUUGGGAGGACAACUGAAAAGAGGAAAAGGUGGUUCGUAUUCUGUUCAAAGUUCAAUCGAGGAUGUUAAAUAUAAGAUUGAUAGAAAUAAUACUCAUGUUGAGAGAUUGGAAGAAAUAUUGGAUAGAUUGGACACUGAUCGAUUAGAUCCACUGAAAAUUGAUGAUAUUAAAGAUGAUUUGGAUUAUUAUGUUGAGAACAAUCAGGAUGAAGACUAUGUCGAAUAUGAUGAGUUUUAUGAUCAAUUAGAAAUGGAGGAUGACGACGUGGAAAUACAAGGUUCAUUAGCACAAAUGGCAGCAGAAACAGCUGAAGAAGAAAGUAAAGAAGAAGCCGCUGUCGCUGCCGCUGCUGCUGCUGCGGCUGCCGCAGCAUCAGUACCUCCUCCAGCUAAACCAGAAGUGAAACAUACUCCUCCUAAACCAACUCCAGCUGGAAUUAAUGCAUCAACUUCAAGUACACCAAAUAAAAAGAAACCUUCUAUUGUACCAGCACCUGCCCCACCUCCAAUAACAGGAUAUUCUAGUGCCAUUAAAGCUGCCCAGCAAUCUUCCAAGAGUGCUUCAUCAACCCCUAAGAAUGCCCCUGCUACAAUUGCAACCGCAUCAUCUAGUACUUCAUCCACGCCCGCCAAGAUGCCACCACCAGGUUUGAAUCAACAAUCACAAGCACCAAAAUCACAAUCUGUCUCACCUUUGAUUAGUAAAGAAAAACUCCAAGAAGAUGGCAAUGACCAAGUAAGUGCCUCACAACUGCCAAUAACUUCCAGCAGCAAAAUAUUUAAGGAUGGAAUUUCUCGAAUCAAUUCUAUUGUUCAAUCACGAUUAAGUAAUCCACUACCAUUUCAAGAAAUCAAUAGUCUACUUGAGUCUUCAUUACUAAAUUGUCCUGAUUCAUUUGAUGCCGAAAAACCAAGACAAUAUAUUCCGGUGAAUAUUCAUCCUUCACUGAUGGAUUAUCCCCAAGAACCAAUGUAUGAAUUAAAUAGUGCCAAUUACAUGAAGAAAUUUGAUAAUGAUACGUUAUUCUUUUGUUUUUAUUAUAGUCAAGGUGUUGAUAAUAUAGCCAGAUGGAAUGCUGCUCAAGAAUUAUCCAAACGAGGUUGGAUUUUUAAUACAGAAUUCAAACAAUGGUUUUUGAAAGAUAAUAAGAGUGGAUCUAAGAAUAGAUCAAUGUCGGUUGUACAACGAGAAGAAGAACAAGAUCUGGUAGAUGGUAGAAAUAAUGAGGUCGAAGAAGCUAAUUAUAAGUAUUUUGAUUAUGAAAAGACGUGGUUGACACGUAGAAGAGAAAAUUAUAAAUUCUCCCAAGAACUUAGACAAACUUUCUAA